CCCCCGGGGCCCCCCCCCCCCCCCAGGGGACGCCCACCGCGGUGCCUACACGGCUUUCAUGAAAUCCCACCGCUGCUACGACCUGAUCCCCACCAGCUCCAAACUGGUCGUCUUCGACACGUCCCUGCAGGUGAAGAAGGCGUUCUUCGCCCUGGUCACCAACGGCGUCCGGGCGGCCCCGCUCUGGGACAGCAAGAAGCAAAGUUUCGUAGGUGAGCCCGGGGGGCACAGGGGGCUCUCAGCCUGGCAAGGGGCUGGAGGGACCCCCCCUCACCCUCCCUGCCCCCCAGGAAUGCUGACCAUCACCGACUUCAUCAACAUCCUGCACCGCUACUACAAGUCACCCAUGGUGCAGAUCUACGAGCUGGAGGAGCACAAAAUAGAGACGUGGAGAGAGGUUUAUCUGCAGGACUCCUUCAAGCCCCUGGUCUGCAUCUCCCCCAACGCCAGCCUCUUCGACGCCGUGUCCUCCCUGAUCCGCAACAAGAUCCAUCGUCUGCCCGUCAUCGACCCCGACUCGGGGAACACCCUCUACAUCCUCACCCACAAACGCAUCCUCAAGUUCCUCAAGCUCUUUAUCGCAGAGGUGCCCAAGCCCGAGUUCAUGGCGCGGACGUUGGCGGAGCUGCAGAUCGGCACCUACAGCAACAUCGCCGUGGUGGGCACGGGCACCCCCAUCUACGUGGCCCUGGGCAUCUUCGUGCAGCAGCGCGUCUCUGCGCUGCCCGUGGUGGACGACUCGGGGCGGGUGGUGGACAUCUACUCCAAAUUCGAUGUUAUUAACCUGGCAGCUGAGAAGACCUACAACAACCUGGACGUGACGGUGACACGGGCGCUGCAGCACCGCUCCCACUACUUCGAGGGUGUCCUCAAGUGUUACAAGCACGAGACGCUGGAAACCAUCAUCAACCGCCUGGUGGAGGCCGAGGUUCACCGGCUGGUGGUGGUGGAUGAGAGCGACGUGGUCAAAGGGAUCGUCUCCCUCUCAGACAUCCUGCAAGCCCUGGUCCUCCCACAGAGCCCCUGAGGUGGUGUGGGGGGGGUUAAUUCCUCCCCUGGAGCCCCCCACUCUGCUCUCCUGCCACACUGUGCCCCCCUGGGCUGGCGGAGGCACCCGGGGCUGGACCCCACUCACCAGCAGCAUCCAGCAAUAACUCCCAGCCCUGGGGUGGUCCCCACUGCCCUUCCCUGGGUGGGGGGAGCCCACGGCCCCCCCUGCACCCCAAGGCCGUACAAGGUGCUGGGGGCAGCCCCCGACCCCCCUGGGGUCACCCACCUCCGUGCCAGGGCUGUUCCCAGUGCAGACCCUCAUCCCCGCCCCCUCUGCCCCCCCAGGGUUUCACUGGCUUUGGUGAAACCUCCUCAGCUCUCUCUGGCCCAGGGACCCCCCCCAGCCCCAGGGGUUCCCCCCGGGCCCCCCCAGGUCCCUCGGGCACAUCCGCACCCGCCACCGCUUCGUGUGUGGAAAAACCCCACAAAUAAACACAGACCUGGCACCA